GGGUGAGAAGAAGCACAAGAGGGAAAACCUACCGGACCAGCCACCUACCUUCGUUAUAUUCAUGCGCCGCCUCACAUCGCGAUCGCGCAGAGGGCAAAUCACGAAAAUGGCUUGAAACAGAGUGAAAAGAGGAGAUUCUACGGAUCGCCAUGAUGAGAGUGAGUCAUUAUGGUGGUGAACGGUGACCAGAAUGUAGGUGCAGGGCGGGACGACGAUGGUGGAUGCACAUAGAUGGACAGAGGAUGCAGGGUGUUGCUGCACAAGAACGCGACUAUGUCGCGGUCGCGAUGCGCCUUUUAGACGCGACAGACGGCGAUGAGGUCGGUGUAUGGCUGGAAGAGUUGAAACGGAGAAGCUGUAUGCCGGGGGGAGUUGGGGGCUUGAGCUUCCCGAACGAUUGGCGGGGAGCGGAUGGCCAAGAAUUUGUUUUGGUGCCGCUGUGUCCGGGCCAAUCGUUGGCUGUUGAAACAAUUCGUUUAUCGUGGUCGCGUGGAGAGAUCAGCACCAAGAACACGACUAGAAGGACGCCGGCUCUACUCGCUUGGGCUGUCAAAGAGAUGUCACGAAACAGACGCGCUGUUGUCGUGUUUAGAUGCUGUUUUGAAAUGCCUUAUCGCGAAGCAAUUGCCGCGACAGAGGGGUGGGGGUGGGGAAAGGGGAUCGAGAUGGGUGAUAUACCCGCGUUGAAUGGCGAUUGGGACCACAGUAGUUAA